AUGGCAGUACUGGAGAUUGAUAAAUACCCUCUGCUCAGAGCACGCAUCAAAACAGGUCAAAUUAAAUCUGAACCGCGUAUUCGAUGUCGUUCGGGCAAGACUGAAAUAGACAUACCGGCACCAACCAUUGCGCGUGAUGAUAAUCGUAGCAAAUGGGCAGCCACAACAAUUGCAACAAAGUCCAUCAAAGUCUUGUCGAGAGAAUUUGCCGCUAAUAAGAAGUACAGACCAAGUGGAUUUACGACUGUAGCCUAUGAUAAAAAUGAACCCAAGAACAGAUAUAACGAUAUCAUCUGCAUAGAUGCUACUCGAGUAAUUUUGAAGGAUCGCCCACCAGAUGAAGAUUACAUACAUGCAAGCUGGAUGACUAUGCCAGAUCGGUUCAGGAAAGCAAAGUGUAGGCAAUACUUUCCUAAAUCCAAAGGAUCGACAGAGAGCUACGGUCCUUACAGGGUUACGAAUAAGGGCACAAAAGCCGAUCCAUAUGAGGACGUCAAACAAACAGUGCUUGAGGUGAAAUGCAGCGGUAGAUCGUUUACGGUAAACCACUUUGCAUACUUGGUAUGGCCUGACCAUACUGCCCCAUCGGACCCCGCCCCAAUGGUGGGUUGCCUUAAGCUGUGCCGUCAGUUGGCGGAGAAAAAUCCCAUAACUGUGCAUUGUUCUGCUGGUAUAGGAAGAUCAGCCACUUUUGUUGCCAUUGACUACGCUUGGCAAAAAAAUCAGAGACAAUCAUUCUGUGCAGAUGGUAGAGAUUCUGAAAGAUUUGAGGGGCCAACGUUUCCAGGCUAUACAGUCUCCCAUACAAUACAUUUUCCUUCAUAUGUGCCUGCUCGAGACAACUUGAUUGCUCGGAAAGGAAAAUAUUCGCCGUACUUGAGUUCAUACCAAACCAUGCUUAGAAAAUACAACAAGAAGGUGGCAGCGGCAGAAGCGAGGGCAGAAGCGCAAGGAAAAUGA